CGAAUCUUCAUUGGACAUUUCACGACAUGGGGCUCGCUGACGACCAACUGUGGCCAGCCAAGGCCAUGUAUGGCAUCAACAACUUUGCACUCAGCACGGUCCUGAACUUUCUUCCCGUCUUCUUCAACACGUACUUCGACAAGCUCCAGAUCGGCAUCCUCGCUGCCAUUCCUUGCGUGUGUUCGGUGGUGGCGCCGCCACUUUGGGGGGCGAUGGCAGACGUGUUGCACCAGCAGCGGUGGGUGCACAUCUUCUGCAUCUUGUCAGGCACACUCUUGAUGUUCUUGAUCGAGUUCUCCAUAUCGAACUUCUACCUCACGUGCGUUGUCGUGUUUGUGGCCAAUUUUCAAACCAACCCGACAGGAUCCCUCCUGGAUCAAGCGGUCAUGGCCCUCCUGCAUCGCGUGGGCGGCGAAUACGGCAAGCAGCGUCUCUUUGGCGCAGUAGGGUGGGGCGUCGGGGCCUUCCUCACUGGGCUGGUGGUCAACACAUAUGGAAUAUCCUGGGCCUUCAACCUCCACUUGAUCUUUUGCGUUCCCACGCUGUGCGUGUUGAACUUGAUUCCACCGGCGGACCCCAAGGACUCGACGUCGCAGGCACCGACGCUGUCGUUCUGGGAAGGCAUGCGACGUAUCGGGCAAAAGGCUGACGUCGUGCUCCUCCUCGUAGUCGUGUUCUUGAUCGGACUCAUGUUUGGCGUCGUGUCUUCGUUCCUCACGCUCAACUUGUACGAACUGUCCAACCACUCGACCGCCGUCGUGGGUACGGCCAUCUGGUUCGAGACCCUGUCGGAACUCCCGGCGUUUUACUUUGCCGACGCCGUCCUCAAGCGCCUCGGCAUCCUGAACGUGCUUCUCCUGUCCAUCCUCGGCUACGGCGUCCGCAUCUCGUACUACGCCGUCAUGACCAACGCAUGGAGCGCGCUGCCCUUUGAACUUCUGCAUGGCGCGACAUUUUCACUGGCAUGGGCCGCCUGCACGCAGUACAUCUAUGACGCCGCCCCCCCAGGCACUGAAGGCACGAUGAUGGGCCUCCUCAACGCCGUGCUCAAUGGAUUGGGGCGGGGCACAGGCACCUUGCUGGGUGGGUACCUCUACGAACAUUACGGCGCCAGCUUCAUGUGGUUUGCCGCGGAUUUGGGGGUCCCGGUAGCCCUCGUGGGCCUGUUUCUGUUCUCGCGCACCAUGCCUAAUCAACAGCCUCUACCACCGACGCUACACUCAACCACAUCGAUUGACGUCAAGGCUGAAUAGUAGGGAGAUGUAGUACUACUACUUUUGAUGACCAAUCUUUCAAUAAAUGCAUUCGCUGCCUUGCUCA